CGCGCGUCGAGGGCCAACAUUCGCCCGUGAGACUGCCAAAAUGCGCCGCCGCCUGGUGUGCGCGUGCAUCUGGUUGUCGCGCCUCGCCGCGGCCUGGCGGAGUGGCGCGGUGGACACGUCGCGGUGGGAGUUCUACGCGCGGCAGCCAGUCCUCCGCGGCGCGCGCCUCGGCGUCGGCGCGUGCCGCGCGGCCGCCGCGGAGUGGCGCGCGCGGCGGCUCGCGCGGCGCGCAAAGGGCGACGCCGCGGCGCGCGUCCGCCGCCGCGCGGCGCGGCGCGUCGCCGACCUGCUCGUGGAGCUCGGCCCGACGUACGUCAAGCUCGGCCAGAUCGCGUCGUGCCGGCGGGAACUCGUGGACACGGAGUGGGCGCCGCCGCUCCAGCGGCUCCAGGACCAGGUGCCGGCGUUCCCGGGCGGCGAGGCGGAGCUGCGGCGGCGCUUGGGAAGGCGGUUCGAAGAACGAUUCGAGGCGGUCGACGGGGCGCCCGUCGCGGCGGCGAGCCUCGGGCAGGUGCACCUCGCGACGCUCCGCGACGGGAGGCGCGUCGCCGUGAAGGUCCAGCGCCCGAACCUGAAGGCGAUCUACGACAAGGACGUGGCGCUGCUCCGUACGAUUUUCAAAGCGCUCGACCGCUUCAAGGUCUCCGUCGGCGUCGACCAGGCCUGGGGCGCGAUCUUCGACGACGCCGCGGAUCUGCUCUACCGCGAAAUCGACUACCGCUGCGAGGCCGCGCACGCGCGCGAGUUCGCCGAGAACUUCCGGGACGCGCCGUGGGUGACGACGCCCGAAAUCUUCGACGACCUCAGCACGGAGCACGUGCUCACGAUGGCGUACGUGCCCGGCGUCUCGCUCAAGGACGUCGCCGCCAUCGAGGCGGACCCGUCGCUCGACGCCAAGUCGCUCGCCCGGAACCUGGCGAGGUGCUACCUGCUCCAGUUCUGCAGGCACGGCUUCUUCAACACGGACCCGCACGCGGGCAACCUCGCCGCGGACGCGGCGAUCCCGAAGGGCCGGCUCAUCGUCUACGACUUCGGGCAGGCCGCGCGGCUCGACGAAAACGAGCGCGCCGGCGCGUUGAUGCUGCUCGAGGCGCUCCUCGACGAGGACGCGGAGCUGUGCGUCGACGCCUUCUCCACGAUGGGCGUGCUCAAGGAGGGCUACGACCGAGAGGCCAUCGUCGCGACCGUCGCCGACAACUUCAGAGCCGGCCGCGUCGCGACGGGCAAGGGGGCGGCGCGGCGGGGGGCGACCGCCGCCGCCGGGCCGCCCCCUGCGGCGGACGGCGCCGCGGCCGAUUUUCGGCUGCCCGCGACGCUCGCGUUCGUGAGCCGCGCCCUGUCGCAGAUGCAGGGCGUCGGCGAGGCCCUCGACCCGGCCUUUGAGUUCGUCGGCGCGGUCGCGCCGCACGUGCCCGAGGCCAAGGGCGGCGCGAAGUACGCCGAGGACCGGCUCCGGCGGGCGUUCGGUCUGGCCGCUCGGUAG